GUACUGUACACUUCAUCUUAACAAUGGCUAUAGCGCGGGUAGCGACUGAAUAUGUGUUUUCUGAUUUCUUAUUGAAAGAGCAGAGUGAUUCUAAGUAUAAAGGCGUGCGGCUGGAACUGGCCACAGACAAACUAGUCAGUUUUAUCGCGGUCGGGCUUCCUUUGUUACUCAUCUCACUCGCCUUUGCCCAAGAAGUCUCUGUGGGUACUCAGAUCACAUGUUUUCCUCCAACUAAUUUCACGAUGAGACAGGCUGCGUAUGCGGACUCUUUCUGCUGGGCUGCAGUAGAGCAUCACCCUUCAGAGAAUGAGACCUACAGCGCCCCUCUUCAUCUACAUAAGUUCUUCCCUUAUAUCCUCCUUCUGCUCGCCAUCCUCAUGUAUAUUCCUGCUCUCUUCUGGCGCUUCACAGCUGCCCCUUCUCUGUCAUCUGACCUCAGUUUUAUCAUGGAGGAACUCGACCGUUGCUACAACCGUGCCAUUCGGCUCGCCAAGAGCAUCACAACCAAACAAGACAAAGACAUCGCUGAAGACCCACACAGUGGUCUUGAAUUGACUGAAGCUUGUUUUAAGUACCCUCUGGUAGAGCAGUACUUAAAGACAAAACGGUCAUCGUGGGCUUUGGCUGCAAAAUAUCUGCUUUGUCGGGUUUUAACCUUCCUCACUUUACUGCUGGGCUGCUUUUAUCUGACCUACUACAUCUUUUGGGUGUCACCCAGCGAUCAGUUCUCCUGCCAUCUGCGCAGAGGUAUAUUAGUGAACCAGAGUGAAGUGCCAGAUGUUGUUCAGUGUAAGCUGGUGGCAGUGGGUGUUUUCCGUCUUCUAAGCUGCAUGAAUCUGGUGGUGUAUUUACUGUUAGUGCCGGCUGUGGUUUAUGCCGGCCUUCAGCCUGCCCGUCAGCAUCAGCGUGGUCAGUUCCUACGGCCAUACCAUUUGCUGCCGGCUUUCGGCCACGUGCUGGAUCUGCAGCCUGCGACCCGUCGAUAUGAUGACCUCAGCAUCUACCUGCUGUUCCUGGAGGAAAACCUGAGUGAGCUGAAGAGCUACAAAUGCUUGCAGGUAUUGGAGCUGCUGUCAGAAGGAGGGGAAGCAGCGUUUGACACCAUGUGUUUGCUCAGGACUCUUGGACAAGUGAAGACUGACAUGGUGGAUAAAAGACAAGCUCAAACUGUCAAUGGAAAUCCAGAGAUCGUAAUCUCAGAAAUAAAGGAUGUCUCUGUUCUGCUGGAUGAUGGAGUACAGGCUGACAAAAGCUGCAGCUGUGUGAAGGAUGUAAGACAAAGGGUUGUCUAACAUUAACACACCCCUCAGUCAAAUUACUGACAAAACCCCCCAAAUCUGUUUACAUUUAAAAUGUAGGAAAUAUUAUAAACCAAUGCUUGAAUUUUACACUGAGGUUAUUUACUAAUCUACUAACUGCAGAACUGAGCUGCAUGUUGUUCUAUGCCUUACGUUUAUAACAACUGGAUGAAUGUUUUAUAACUCAAUGUAGUUAUUACUAUUUAUAAGGUUCAUGAAAUGCUAUUGUAUGCAUUAUGACAGCAAUGUUUACAACAUAUAUCAUAUUAGGAUGUCACUAGCAACUAACUUCUGCCAAUGUUGCUUCUUGGAAACCAAAACCCUUAACAAUGCCUGUAGACGACUUUCGCUGUGCUUAUUUAAAUGGCGGGUUUCAUGCUCAUUAUGUACAAUCUCAUGUAUGCAUCCAUCUUUUUACUUAAAAUCUUUAGUUUCUUAUUAUUAUUUGCGAGAGGAAUUUGAGAUCUGAAAAUGCGUACAAAGCAGAAACAAAAACUGCAAAAAAAUGUAGCUCCUGAGACGUAUUUUGCUCUAAGAAAUGUAUAUAGGGUUACGUAAUCAGAAUGAGUCUGGGUUGACAUUUGCUCUGUUCUUCUCUGAGAUAAACAUCCACUUAGUUUCUUGUAUUUUGGGAGAUGAAGGUGAUGAAUUGGCAUGUUGUAAAUCCAACAGCUUUAAUCUCUCAUUUAAAUUGCAUGUGAUAAACCAGACGUGUCGCCAUGGAAAUAUAAAAAUGAUGUGUCAAAGGGUUAUAUUAAAUAUUGUUGAACAUGCUCAAUGUCACUUUAAAACCCUUUUAAAAGGGCUCGCUGCUGUGUUCAUCUGCUUGCUCUAUCAGGAGAUGUGACCAUAUAAGGAGUUCCACUCUUCAUGAUGUCAGCUAGAGCCACACACACAAAAAAAUCCAAAAGCAUCAUGUUCCCGAUAGUAUAAUUCUUGACAAAGAAAUACUGUCGUACAUGCCAAAUCAUUUUUAACCCUUGGUCUAUGGUUUACAGAAGAAUCCAACUCUAAAUAUCUCUGAAUACAGAAAUUCCACGAUAUAAUUUUCCCCCUUAAACAUUCCAAUGUACAGCAUGAAAAAAAUACUGUGAAGUCAUCUAUAAGUCAUGUAUUCAUUAUAAACUGUUUUUACAUAAACCAUUUGACUUAGGCGUAUUAUCUUGUAUGCAUCAUGUGCUUGCAAAGUAAUGAAAAUGGGUUUGUUUCUCCAAGGCAACAUCAUAAAAACAGGGCAAAGACAUAUUAAGAGAUAUAAGAAGAGAUAUACUCAUUUAUUAUGUCUUUUCUGAUGCAGGCUAGCCCAGGGUAAUAAUGCUUCAUGUAACCCACUGCCUAACUAUCUAAAAGCAAUAAAUAUGCAAACUAUAUUGUAUAUAUAAUGUAUAGAUGUAUAUUAUAUUUCACUGUGUUAUGUAAAAUAUUUUGAUUAUUUAGUGUUUGUUUAUGGACUUUUAUGUAAUUGUUGCUUUCAUGUCUUGUUACUCCAAGUUCGUCUGAGCUGAUAUAGAGUUGCAUGUCUUCAGAGGUAAGCACAAAGUUUGUCAAAGAAGUUGCAAAUAAAUUUCUUUUAAAAAAUAAAACUAAA